UGUAUAAUUGCAAUAAAAGAAUUUAAUUAAAUAAUUAUUUUUCUGUAGUUUGUUAGUUAAUGUUUAUAUUCAUUUGCUAUUUUAUUCAUAGUGUUAUGAUUGUUUAAGACAAUUAGAUGAACAAUAGUGCUCAGUUAUUCACAUUAAAAUGGUUUCUGAAAAUUACCUUAAGAAAGUAAAUUUAUCAGCGGACGUGUAUUCUGUUUGCAUUCAGCAUGCUUUGACAACUGAAAAACAAGAAAUAAUGGGGCUCUUGAUAGGCGAGGUAAACGAAGAAGAGAGGGUUUCCAACAUUUCUGCUUGCGUUAUCUUGCACAGAAGUGAUAAGCAGCCCGACAGGGUGGAAAUUUCACCUGAACAGUUGUGUACAGCAUCCAUGCACGCAGAUCAACUGACCAAAAAACUGUGCAAGCCUAUGAGAGUAUUGGGGUGGUAUCAUUCACAUCCGCAUAUAACAGUUUGGCCCAGUCAUGUUGAUAUAAGAACACAAGCUAUGUACCAGACUAUGGACCCGAUGUUUGUGGGUUUGAUAUUUUCCGUCUUCCAAAGCGAUACAAAUAAUAGCAAAAACCAGAUUCAAGUUACUUGCUUUCAAGCACAUGACAAGGGUUCCGAUUUUGAAAGGAAAGAAAUUGACUUAUCGAUAAUACCAUCACCUUUUCAAAAAUAUAAUCUAGAAGAAAUUGCAAAAUUUUCGAAAAUUCUGAGUCAAGAAGAGGUCGAAUGUGGCGAUUCAAAAGUGAAUGAUAUUCAUGAUGAAUUAUGUACCUUACAUAAUGAUGCAUUUAAAACAUUAACUUUAGUUCACAUAGUUUCUAAAGUAACGAGGCCUCUUUGCGAGAGCUUAGAAGAGAGGAAACAAAUUAUUUACCUAUUAACAAAAGAACUGGAACAUAUUAAAUUGGAGUUAGGUGGUGAUUAAAUUUUUGCAAAAUAAAAGUGCACUGUAUAAAAAACUCGCAAUGUUUAAUACAAUCUACAUAAAAAUACAUUAUGUUACAAAAAAAAAUAGCCACAGGAUUUUACAACUGAAGGCACCUCUACCAUGGCAUAAAUUAUUUUAAAAAUAUAAGAGACAUUUCAAACAAAAAGUCUAAAAUUAAUUUAAUUGUCGUUUCGAUGUGAUAACAGAAGUUCAAGUUAACCUAUUUGCUUUGUUAAUAUUUGUCAUAAUAUUAAUAAAGUACCAAUGUUCUGUUCUGAAUGGAGUUUUUAUCUACAAGUACCAAUUAUUUAUUUUUACAUUAUUGAACUAUUUAAAAGAUUAA